AUGGCUGCCAACGGUGAUUUUUCAGACGAAGAGUCUCAGCAUGGCUCCCCGAUUUUGAAUGCCAACGGUCACGAUGACAUCGAAGACCAAGAGCCUCUUGACCAGGACGAGAAGCCCCUCAAGUCCGCGAUGAAGAAGUCGGACUCUACACCGCCAGUGCCUCAGCCGAAACGACCAGAGCUACCGGAGCAGCCCAACCCAGACACCCUCGACCUGACCACAUUAACUCCCCUGUCCCCGGAAAUUAUUGCCCGCCAGGCCACGAUCAACAUCGGCACCAUUGGUCACGUCGCUCACGGAAAGUCAACGGUGGUGAAGGCUAUCUCAGAAGUCCAGACUGUCAGAUUUAAGAAUGAGUUGGAACGAAACAUUACCAUCAAAUUGGGUUACGCCAACGCGAAAAUCUACAAGUGCGACAACCCAGCUUGUCCUCGGCCAACAUGCUUUAAGAGCUAUAAGAGUGAGAAGGAGGUCGACCCACCCUGUGAGAGAGAUGGAUGCUCUGGCCACUACCGUCUCCUAAGACACGUUUCCUUCGUCGACUGUCCCGGUCACGAUAUUCUUAUGAGUACUAUGUUGUCAGGUGCUGCCGUCAUGGACGCUGCUCUUCUUUUGAUUGCCGGAAACGAAACUUGCCCUCAGCCCCAGACCUCGGAGCACUUGGCUGCCAUUGAGAUCAUGAAGCUUAGCCACAUUAUCAUUCUCCAAAACAAGGUGGAUUUGAUGAGGGAAGACGGGGCCUUACAGCAUUACCAGUCGAUCCUUAAAUUCAUCCGUGGAACAGUCGCUGACGGCUCUCCUAUCAUUCCGAUUUCCGCGCAACUCAAGUACAACAUCGAUGCCGUAAACGAGUACCUGGUCUCACAUAUCCCCGUUCCUGUUCGUGAUUUCACCGCCUACCCUCACAUGAUGGUUAUUCGAUCUUUCGAUGUGAACAAACCAGGCGCUGAAAUUGAUGAGCUGAAGGGUGGUGUUGCUGGUGGUUCCAUCUUGACUGGUGUGUUGAAGGUGGAUGAUGAAAUCGAAAUUCGACCCGGUCUUGUCACCAAGGAUGAGAAUGGCAAAAUCCAAUGUCGCCCCAUCUUUUCUCGUGUCGUGUCGCUCUUCGCCGAACACAAUGACUUGAAAUUCGCUGUUCCCGGAGGUUUGAUCGGUGUUGGUACUCGUGUUGACCCAACACUUUGCCGUGCUGAUCGUCUGGUCGGUUUCGUCCUUGGCCACCGUGGACGCCUGCCCGCCAUCUACACUGAACUCGAGGUUAACUACUUCUUGUUGCGCCGACUUCUGGGUGUUAAGACCGCCGACGGCAAGCAGGCUAAGGUUGCCAAGCUGGCUAAGAACGAAGUUCUCAUGGUUAACAUCGGCUCUACGGCUACUGGUGCGAAGGUUGUUGGUGUUAAGGCGGAUGCUGCUAAGCUGAGCUUGACUAGCCCGGCUUGUACCGAAGUUGGCGAGAAGAUUGCCAUCAGUCGAAGAAUCGAGAAGCACUGGCGUCUAAUCGGUUGGGCCAACAUUGUCGCUGGUAACACCCUUGAGCCGAUUGUCAACUAA